GAAAUGAGGUCACGACUCGUGUCGAGUUACACACGGCUCUCCUAAUAUAGUGAGUGAAGAAGAAACUUAACAAAAAUAACGUUUCAAAAACACGUAAACCUGAAAUUUUAUGGAUUUAAAUAAGAAAUAAAUAUAAAUGGAUUAAUAUGAUAAUCCUAUUGUGAUUAUAUUGUGAAAACUUGUCGCAGAAAGUGUGUAUUCCUGAAGUUGUUAUGCGAGGUAAAACGCGGCUGGCCGCUAAAGAUGCGGGAAAGAAAAUGUUUCAAUGAAAGUGAUGAUUAAGACUACAAAACAUGUUACAACGUGAAACUACAGAACAAUAUGGGCAGUGUGAGUAAUAUGAGGCCGUCCCGUUAUUCGGCACCUAACAAUCUACCUCCCGUGGACGUAGCUGGGGUGAUCACCCUCGACCAAGUGCGACUCCAACCUCGAAAACAGAACGAGUACGUUGAUACUCCGCGAUCCCCGAUUUUCUCUUCGGGAAAGUCUUCAUCACAAUGUGGUGGGGGCUCAAAGCCACUAGUUGGCAACUUGGCUCCGAGAGAGCGUGUAAUUUUACCCAAUCGGACACCAACUACUCAAAGUAUUAUAAGAACUCAACCAAUUUCGACAAGUCCGCCUUUAAAAAAGGAUUUACCAUUAGAAGUGACACAGCAGGACGAUGCUAUAAUAUGUUCCAAGUGUGGGAAGUGCCGUUGCGGUGCUUGCACCAAGGACCGUGAGUUGCCAUCAAAAUGGCUGUGCGGAGACAAAUUUAAUGUGAGUCCUGAAACUGUGGUAGAGUAUGCAACAUGCUUGUGUUGUGUAAAAGGCAUGUUUUACCACUGUUCUAAAGACGAUCAGGAUGCGGAAUUUGAGUGUGUGUCGGACCCCUGUGCAGGCUGUUCACGGCCACACUGCUGCAAGAGAUGGACUUGUAUAUUAGCGAUGAGUAUAUGCCUGCCAUGUAUGUGCUUAUAUCCUCCGGCGAAACUUGCGCUAAUGUGUUGCACAUCCUGCUAUAACAAAUGCAGAAAGAAAGGUUGUCAGUGCAAGUCGAAUAGCCAACAAAAGCACAAGACAAGCAAAUUUGAUUCGCAAUACCGAGGCCUGUUAAUAGAGUCAGACAGAGAGAGUUCCUCAGUUUCGUGAAACUCCGUUGUUUUUGUUGACACUUGUUACGUGGGACUUCUGAAGUCUGGACUUAUUACAAAUUUUUUUUUUGCUAAGUUUGUAUAUUAGAGCGACUAUCUGUGAUGAAAUUAAUUCUAAUUGUUCUGUACUGUGCCAUGCUUUCUUGAAAUGUGGAUCUAUAAACAAGAACUCUUUAACGUGGUAUAAGGCCAAAUGAGAAUAAUGUUGUGGUAAUGUUUACCUGACCAACCCUAUUUUUAUGUCCUGACUCUAAUUAUUUUUUUGAUUAAUAUAUUUAUCAUUAUUGGAAAUAUAAACCCUGUGGCAGUAUAAUUUGCACCGUUUCAACAUAAUGUCAGAAUGUAUGAUGUAAACAAUAUAACUACAUACAUACAUUGUACACAAUUAACUAAUUUUCCUAAAUAAAACAUUUCCCUACCUAGUGGUAGGCUACCCAGUCUUAUUUGUCAGUAUGUAGCGGGAACCACAACAUUAUUUUUGUUGGCCCUUGGUAUACCAUGUCUUCCCUCGGUCAAGAUGUUUUCUACAAUGGCUGACAACUUUCUGCUCUUUCUCUCAUGCAUGAAUGCAUGUACAUUCUACAUGCUGUUUUGUUAAAUAUCCUUACUUUUGAUACUCAGAAGAAAUUAUUCAAAUGAUCAAGUCAAAAAAGUUUGAAAUUAUUUUUAUUCUUAUUAAUCAUGUUAGAUGGUGACUUAGUUUUUUAUUAAAUUUAAGCUUUUUUAGGGAAAAUAUUUUUCUUUAUACAUUCUGUACAAGUGGUCAGGUAACCCUUGUUGGUGAUUGCGUUUAUACAUGGGAACUAUCAGUAUAACCUUUUUAGAUAACAUAUUUACUGUUCGAUUACAAUUUUGAACUUUUACAAUUAGUAAAUUUUGGAAGAUCUAUUUUAUAAAAAAAUGUGAAGGUAAAAAUAAAAAUUUAUAUGGAAAAUUAGUGCACCAUGGCUUAAUCCCCUAUGUAUUUUGUUUUCGUCACAUUUGAGGAUGAUUUUAAGCUGAUUUAGUGGCACAUACAAAUGCUUUCAAAAAAAAACAUCCAUUGAAAUAUUUGAAAUUCAGAUAAUACAUAAUACUGUUUAACAUGAAUGUGGAAUCAUGGAUACAGUGCUCUGUUUCUUAUUUCUUGUUUCUGUUUUAAUGUCUGAAUUUGUCUUUGUAAAAUUUGUUAUUGUGAACAAAAUUGUUUUCUUUGAUACUGAACAGCAAGUUAAUAGGAUGUUUAAUUGUUAUGUUUUUGUACCAAAGAAGACUUUUAUCAUGCUCUACUUUAAUGUGCCAGUGAAAUCAAGUUGCAUAUUUCAACAUAGAGAGCUGUUUAAUUCCUCUGCUAGAAAAAUAGUCCAGGAGUAUACCAAUAAAUUACACAAUUUGAAGAUAUUGCUUUAAAAGUAUACUCUAUGUAUAAAAUAUGCAGCUUGCUCUUUGAUCCAAAUGUGUUCAUUUUCAUGAGAUGUUAAUCUCUUAUUUUCGAGUUAUUAAUGUCUUAAUCAUUUUGUUUAUUCUUGUAUGUUACAGUAACUGUUUGGAAAUUUGCAUUAAUCUGAUACAAUUAAUAUGUAAAUUCAUCCUGCCACAAUAUUUGAAUCAUUGUUAGGUACUUAAAAUUUCAUUUUCUAUCUAUAUAUGUAAUUUAUUGUUUUCAUUUAAUGCAAUUGAUGCAGUCACGUCAUUUCUGAUAACCUUUAAGUUUAAAAACCUUGUAAAUAACAAGGAAGAUUUGUCUUUCGUAUUUUUUUUUCUAAAUCUUCAAUGAGGCUGAUUUAAGUUCAGUUAAAUAAGUCAUCUACAGAAGGUCUACAGUUUGGUAUGACCCAGAAUGUACUCGGCAAGUGGAGAAUAGGGCAAGAAGUCUUAUUUUAUUGUUAUUAUGUUGUUAUUUCUGUUAUGGGUUCAUUAUAGUUGUUACUCUGCCUUCUGGUUGUUACUUCUCAUUCCAGUCACACUUCUUGUCCCAUUUGUCAGCCUGAUAUGGACGAUGUUACAUCUUCAACCAAAGUAAAUCUGUAUUACAAAUA